AUAACACUAACAUACUUACUUGGAUGUCAGUUAGAUUAACUGUGGCAUGUGUGUACUUAAAAAUCUAAUUGUAUGUUUGUGUGGUUGCUCCCACUAACACAAAAUAUAUAUAUUAGAAUAUUUCCUAGACCAUAGAUAAACUAGUUAAUGCCAUGAAACGAACCCUUUAAAGUUUUCACUGAUUUACAGUGACCUGUCGCAUCUGUACCUAUACGGUGAGAUGUUUACAACAGGAGAGGUCUUUAUAGCCCAGUAACACUGAAUUGGCUUAUAUUUUGGAAGGUGUUCCAAAUGAAAAAUGCUUAAGCAAAUUUAAGAGUAAAAGAGAAGAAGCAAUUCCUCCUCUUAUUUACAUCCCUGGGCAUAAAACCUAAUAAGGGGGGUAAUUUUCUGGCGAGGACUGGUUCACUGGUCAUUCUACUCCCCCCACAGUUUCAAACUUCUCAGUUUCUCACUGCUCCCUCACAGCUCCCACUGCUCCCUUUGUGCGUCUUGUCUCUCCUUCCCUAAUUGUUUGUCACGUGUGGUGUUACUUGUUGUAAGAGCAGUGAACCUGCACUCCCAAUGAUUUAUCUUGAGGGAGUGUAUGAUUUGUUUUGUUUUGAUGUAUUGUUUUUGAUCAAUUCUUUUAUUUGAUUACAGAUUUAUGCAGACAUUCACCCUGCAUAAAUGUGUAUAUUUUUAUUGUUAUUGAUUAAUUCUUUAAUUUAAUUACGGAUUUAUGCAGACAUUCAUCCUGCAUAAAUGUGUAUUUUUGUUUUUGUUUUUAAUCAUUCUUUAAUUGGACUUAUGGAUUUAUGCAGACAUUCACCCAUACAUACAUCUUGUAUUUGGUAUAUGUUAGUUUUAACCUUCCCAGCAUUCUGUUCUGCAUGCAAUAUACUGCAAUGUAGUAGUAUGCAUGGCUACAGGCUCAGCUCGAUAAUUUAGUUUCUGAGUACUUAGGCAGACCUGCCGUCCAAUACUUAUAGGAUAAUUCACAAUCCUCAUUUAUAUCAAGUUUGGUAAACCAGAUGAUCACUGGUCUCAAACAUAUCAUUAAUAGUUUACAAAAAAUAUAUUCACGGCUGUUAGAUCUGAAGCGCAGGCGCUCCUUUCUAUCAGCCGUUCACUUAUCAAUCAGACCCAUCGAGCGUGUCUUAGCCUGCAGAACAUAUGCCGAGGGUGGUUUGCUGCUGCCAAGCAAGAGAUUCUGGACCUUUGUCUGCACAAGAACCCUUGUCAUGUCAUAAGGGAGUUCAUUAAAGCCUUAGACUGGCAUAGGUGGAUUGUGUCAGAGCAAAGGGAAAAUAUUUGUUAUCCACCUCUUUUAUGUAUGUAUUGUUUGUAUGUUUAUCAUAAGUAGUUGUACUGUCUGUAUUGGAUUCUUGGUUUCUUUUUCCCUUGAUUCACCUAAAACAGGUCUAUCUAAAUUCCACUACCAUAUGCUCAACCUGCGUAGUAGUGAAGUGAUUCAGGACUUCGCAAUGGGUCAGAUCUGCGUUCUGAGGUGAAUUCCGCUGGAGGUGGACGUCUCUCUGUGGUGGAAGGACACUAUUUCUGGACAGUGUGCGUGGUCUCUGACUGACCUAAUGGACCCGGUGCAACAGGUCGUCCAGGGCUAGCUCCUCUACCAGCUCUGCCCUUCGGCCCUCGCUAAAUUCCGUCAUUGGGUUAGCGUGGGGUUUUACAAAAGUUAUUUCAAAUCACUUUCGAGUCUACUGAAUUGCAUCGAUGUACUGUAUGUAAUGAUUUGAUGUAUCUACCUUUUGUUUCAGGGCUCUCAUUUUAGGAGUAUUUGCUUUUAAAAAUGUAUAUGUUUGCCAAAUGGAAAAAUAAUUUUAAAGCGCUUCUACUAAUUUGGAUGCAUUUGUCUGAAUUUGUAAACUUAAGUGCACAUGUGCUUUUUGGAAAAGGGGCUUAAAAAUUCUUCUUUUACUUAUCUGUUUUUUUUUUUUAUCAGCUGCUUUUGAAGUUAGAACCCCUGAUUCAGAAAUGGUGGGAGUGUACAGGCAGCCUGUGGUUUUAGGGUGCUGGUACACCCCAAGCUCUGGUCUGAAUGGGCUGGUGGUCACCUGGCAGAGGGUGGAAGACUACCAGGUGGUGCACAGCUUCUACUACGGAAAGGAUCAGCUUGACCGACAGAGCCUCAGCUACCACAACCGCACGCGGCUCUUUCCCACUGAGCUCGUCAAUGGCAACGCGUCUCUUGCUCUGGCAGAGGUCCGGCAAGAGGAUGCAGGCCGCUAUCUGUGCUCUGUGAGCAGUCUGCAAGGGACUGCUGAAGUUGAGGUCCGGCUCAAAUUUGCAGCUUUCUACACAGAGCCUCAACUCACGGUGCAGAUCCAUCCAACUAACAUUCGUUUCCAGUAUGAGAGCAAGGGGUACCCAGAACCAGAGGUCUGGUGGGUGGAUCCCAAGGGCCAAAACCUUUCUCACCACACAGAGGUCUCCCCCUUGGAAGGAGAUGACGGGCUUUUCUUCCUGCGAACUCGCCUAGAGCUGGACCAUAGCCGUGCACCAAACUACACCUUCACCCUGAGGAACCGGCUUAUUAGUCAAGUCAUUCAGCGGCCGGUAUCCUUUAAGACUGAUGGCUUUGGAUACUGCACCUGCCCCAGAGACCGACUGGCUCUCCUGCUUCCUGUUUCUGCUGCUGUACCUAUAUGGAUUUUCACUGUGGUCUUGUUUUGGCGCCACUGGAAGAAAACGUGAUUCAAUCUUCACAUUUCUCCACAUUUCAAUGACAAACAACAGAACUACCUUGUUUCCACUCCCUUCAUUAGUUUAGUCUAUUUUGGUUUCAGUGCCAAUCUUCAGUUAUUAUGACUGAGGCUUGUUGUUAUAUUUGAGAGUCUUUACUUUGGUUACUGUAACGGCCAUAUCCUCAUGCCUUAUUUGUUUGAACAUUCUUAUAUUGAGCUCGCUCCCAGAAUACUCACUCUUCCCUAAUUGUUUCAAAUUCCCUUGUCUACUUACUAAUCUGCUAACGCAAGAUUAACGCUAGGAUUGGGUAAUACUAACAUUCUAACCAUGUGUUCAUGUUACCUUACGUUUCUUGUACAUGUCAUUUACUAAUUUACUAAUGCUAGGGCAGGAUAGGUUUAUUACUAACGAUUACUAAUUAUCUUGUUAACUUGUCAAUCCUCCACACCUGAUUUCCAUUCUCAUGCUGCUCUCAAGCUAAUUGUCUACACCUGUCUACACCUGCAUAUAUAGCUCAGUUCCAUGUCAUGUCUUUGCAAAAUUGUUGCCUCCUGUUCGUGAGUGCACCGCUUUAGCGGUUUUGUCAAGCCAUUGUCUACCCGUUACGAUCCAAGCCUGUUUAUUGACCAAAGAUUAUUGACUGCUGUUUUGUUGACCAUUGCCUGCCUGUACCACGACUUUGCCUGCUGUCUUUGUGCUUUUGCCUCGCUGACAGCUUUCCUGGCUACUGGACUUUUUGCAUGGUGUACCGAUUACGAGACUGCCUUCUCCCUCGGUACUGUACUUUGGUUUUGGCUGGAUUUUAUGUGUAUGAACAUUGCUUGUUUUUUGACUACGCUCACUGGACACUCUUUAUUACUUUAUUACACCCCUGUUUCUGAGUCGUGCAUUUUGGGUCCAACCCCUCACGCACCCAUCUCACUUUGACUUUGGAGUAGUCUCAUUUUACUAACCAUUCACAGACAGGAAUAAUGAAACAAAAAUGUAUCUAAAUUAUUAGAAAAUAGUAUAAUUCAUCAUGAAUUAACUAGGUAUGCGCCUAUGCUGCAGUAACUAAUGGUACACCAAUAUACAUUAAUAAAUAUAGAUAAUCUUACACUUCUGUUGUUAAAUAAUGUUUUUGUGGUUUAUACGCUCACAGAUGUUUCGUUGUAGGGUGGCCUGUAGCGUAGUGGUUAAGGUAAAUGACUGGGACAGGCAAGGUUAGUGGUUCAAUUCCCAGUGUAGCCACAAUAAGAUCUGCACAGCCGUUGGGCCCUUGAGCAAGGCCCUUAACCCUGCAUUGCUCCAGGGGAGGAUUGUCUCCUGCUUAGUCUAAUCAACUAUAUGUCGCUCUGGAUAAGAGCAUCUGCCAAAAGCCAAUAAUGUAGUGUAAAGUUGUCAGGUCUGUAUGUGUUUCCAUCAAGAGCCACUGGCCUAAAAUAUAAUAUUAUAGAGAAAUUUAAUUUAUGUAUUUUAACACAAAAAUAAAAUCUCAUUAAAUAAAAAAAAGAAUGUAAUGUAAUGUAAUUAUAUCCAG